AGGAAUAGCCAAGACAACGAAAAGCCGUUACUUGCCGCGAAUGUUUGCCCGCCAGCGACUGAUUUUCACCUGUAGUAAGAUCUUGCCUGGAAUCCUACCUCCCAAUCUGGAGCCGUCAUCUCCUACCCAUUGUUGCAUCGACGAUUCUUUGCCCCUGAAUGAGAAAUGGAAACUGCAGAUCCGUCUUUCAUGGACCAGAUGACCAGGUUGAAAUUAAAACUGUUGGAAAAGAAACUGGAAAAUGAACGAGAGAACUUGGAUGAGCAAUCGGAAACUGCAGCAUCCACAGCACGCAGUUUGGAUGGACAGGGUGAUGCGCUACACAAUGCACUGAAGCGAAGAAAAGGCUUGCUCCAAAAACUGAGGGAGCAGCACAUAUUGGAUGAGUGCUCCCGGCCACAUACCUGGGGAGGAAACCGGAGACGGAACCGACGGUUGGAGCCCAUUCAACAGUCACCACCGCUUCAGAUCUACCAGCAUCAUCCACCAGAGCCACCGCAGAUCAUCCAACACACGCUUCCGCAGCAGCCCUCAACAAUUAUACAACAGUUACCACAGCAACAGCCACUUAUCACGCAGAUCCCACCUCCACAAGCUCUUCCACCAAUCAGGUCAGGCAGCAUCAAGGAAGACAUGGUAGAGCUGAUGUUAAUGCAAAAUGCCCAGAUGCAUCAAAUCAUUAUGCACAAUAUGAUGUUGAAAGCACUACCUCCAAUGGCAUUCUCUCAGCCUGGCAACUUCGUCAGUCCUGUGGUUUCUCAUGGACAGCCCAUGAACACGAUGGAUGAAAGACAUUUGAAGAAACUUGGAAGAAUGUGUUCAGACCAUCCAUUUGACAGAUGUAGUGCAGACAUUCUGAAUUAUCCUCAUGGAAAUCUAUAAUGGUUUUCAAAUGGAUGAUCAACGGUCCAAUCAUUGAAUUUAAACUUGAAAAGCUAAACUUCAUGAACUGUACUAUUUAAGAGGUUGUACUUAGCCGCUUGCUGCAGUGCAAAUAACUCCAAAUAGUUACAGUAAAUGAUCCAUAUUCACAGAAACUGUAUACAUUUAAACAGUGAAUAACCUUUACUUCAUUAGGUGCAUUAAGCAAUUCUUACCUUACAAAAUAAACAGCAAAUUGUUACUUUGUGCCCAAGUUUUAUCCUGCUAAACAAACAAGUUAGACCCUCUUCAGCCUGUCACCAUAUCUAGACAUGUAUUCACCAGCCUGCGGACAUCCAUGGGGCUCUAUCCAAUUUUCAUUAAUGGCUUCAUCUGAAUGGACAAGAUCUUGGACAAAACAUUGGCAUAUGUAAUUCAAGAUUAAUUCAACAACACAGGAUAUUAUUCACGGUGCUGCAUCCAGGCCAGUGAAUUCGUCAAGAACCCAAAGAGAAAUCUUCACUUAGAGGACAUAGCUUCACAUCGGUGAUGGGUGUUCAAAUGGGGACAAACAUUCCAAAUGGAGGUCAGAGCAAAUUAAUGUAAAGUCAUUCACUUUGCAAGAAUGAAUAUAGAAAGACAAAAAUGACAUAAUGUUGAAAGCAUAUAUAUGCAGAGAGUGUAUGAUAUCUAUUAUUCAGUAGUAUUACAGCAGACAGAAACUCCAACUAUGGGAAAAGCUGGAAGGGUUAGGACUAUUUUCCUUGGAAUUAAAUUGGUUGAAGAAACUUCAGAGUGAUGAGAAAUUUUGAUAGAGUAAAUUAGGAAAAAUAUGCCCACUAAUAUGUGGAUCCAUAACCAGAUGCUUUGAAAACAGUUCAAUUUACAGAACGGAAAGUGCUGGAGGUCUUAGAAAACAGAAAAGUGGAUAAAUCUCUGGGACCUGAUCAGUGUAUUCCAGGACAUUUGGAGAGAAAAUUGCAGGACUCUUUGCAUAAAUAUUUGUUUCAUCCAGAAUCACGCAAAGUGCCGAAGGUCUGCAAGGCAACUAAUGUUAUGCUUUUAUUUAAGAGAGGUUGUAAGGAGAAGCCUGGGAAUUAUAGAUCUGAGUCUAACAUCUGUGGUGGCUAAGUUAUUGGAGGUGAUUCUGAAAGAUUACAUUUACAUGCAUUUGGAGAGGCAAGGAGUGAUUAAGGAUAGUCAGGAUGGUUUUGGACAAGGGAAAUCAUAGCCAACAAACUUGAUUUGAGUUUUUUGAGGAAGUAACCAAAAAGAUUGAUGAGGGCAGAGCAGUUGACAUUGUUUAUCAGGACUUUAGUAAUGCCUUUGACAAGGUUCUGCAUGGUAGACUAAUUAGUAAAGUUAGGUCACAUGGGAUUCGGGGAGUCUUUGCUAAUUGGAUACAAAACUGGCUUUAUGGUGUGAGGCAGAAGGUGGUUGUGGAGGCCUGUGACUAGCAGUGUUCCACAGGGAUCCCUGCUGAGUACACUUUUGUUUGUCAUUUAUAUAAAUGAUUUGGAUGAGAAUUUAGGAGGUGCAAUUAGUAAGCUUGCAGAUGACACCAAAACGAGUGGUAUAGUAGACAGUGAAGAAAUACAAAGUGGUCUUGUUUGUAUUACCAAAAUGUAAUACCUCACUUUUAUUCAAAUUAAAAUUAAUCUGCCACUCCUCAGCACAUAAACCUAAUUGAUCGAGGACAGGACUUAUAUAUUUAAUGGUAGUGCCCUAGGUAGUGUUGUAGGACAGUGCGACCGAGGGGAUCAGGUAAAUAACUCCUUGAAAUUUGCAUCACAGGUAGACAGGGUGAUUAAGAAAUUGUUUAACAUGUUUGCCUUCAUUGCUGAGACCUUUCAGUAUAGGAGUUGCAACAUCAUGUUGAAGUUGUACACACCCCUUCUGGAAAAGUAUGUGUGCAGUUCUGGUUGCUGUGUUAUAGGAAGGAUAUUACCAGGAAUGAAAUGUUUGAGAUAUAAAAAUAGAAUGGAAAGGCUGGGCCUUUUAUCGCUGCAGCACAGGAGAUUGAGGGAUGACCUUAUUGAGGUUUAUGAAAUCAUGAGGGAGUAGAUAAGGUGAAUGACAAGAAUCUUUUCCCUAGGGUGGGGGAGUUCAAAACCAGGGGGCGUACAUUUAAACUGAGAGUAGAAAGAUUUAAAAAGGACACGAGGGACAACUUUUUUUACACCAAGCGUAGUUCUUGUGUGGAAUAAACUGCCAGAAAAAGUGGUGGUUACAGCUACAGUUCCAACGUUUCAAAGCCAUUUGGAUAGGUUCAUGAAUAGGAAAGGUUUGGAGGGAUAUAGGCCAAAUGUCGGUCAGUGCAACUAGUUUAGUUUGGGAAGAUGGUUGGCAUGGACUAGUUGGACCAAAGAGUCUUGUUUGCAUGCUGUGUGACUCUAUGACUAUGAUUCUAGAGCUCAGAGAACAGUUCAGCACAGUACAGGCCCUUCGGCCCACGAUGUUGUGCUGAACUUUUACCCGAAACCUAAGGUCUAUCUAACCUCCACCCCUCCCUUAUACUACCAUCCAUAUGCCUAUAUAAUAGCCAGUUAAAUGCCCCUAAGGAGGCCGACUCCACUACCCUCCCGCCAAUGCAUUCCACGCCCCAACUACUCUCUAUGUAAAGAACUCUCCCCUGUAUCUACC